ACUGACAGUAGCCAUUCGAUCUUUGGUCAGUAUAGUGUUUUCUUUAAAUUAAAAAAAAUCGUAAUGUAAUUGUCAAAGACAUGAUAUUAUUAAUUAAAAUGUGAUAUUUAAUUUGAUAUUAUGAGCUUAGGUUGAUGGAUCUGUGCGUAUAAAUUCAUUUAUUCAUGUACAGAAGUAUAAAUUUAAUGGGGCAUCGACUUAGCAGUUCAAAAUGUCUCACAAUUUGUUUGGGACUAACUUUUAUUAUGGGCUGCUUUUUAGCCUCAUUGCCAAUACAGAGCGAACAAGCUCUUCAAAAAUCAAUACAAUAUGAAAUCUCGUCACAAAAACAUACAAAGAAACUAGCAUUGAUAGUACCAUUCAGAGAUCGUUUCGAAGAAUUAUUAGAAUUUGUACCACAUAUGUACAGAUUUCUCAACAAACAACGAAUACCCUUCGAAAUAUUCGUCAUCCAGCAGAAAGAUAACAACCGUUUUAACCGUGCAUCCUUAAUUAACGUUGGAUUUUUAUACACAAGAGACAAUUUCGAUUACAUCGCAAUGCAUGAUGUUGAUUUAUUACCUUUAAAUGACAAUUUAAAAUACAACUAUCCGAUAACCGGACCGUUGCAUAUAUCAUCACCACAGACACAUCCGAAAUACCACUAUGAAACUUUUAUUGGUGGUAUUCUGUUGAUCAAAAAGGAACACUUCGAAAUGGUGAACGGUAUGUCUAAUAAUUAUUGGGGAUGGGGUUUAGAAGAUGAUGAAUUCUACGUAAGACUGAAGGAUGCUGGUCUAUCGGUUGUGAGGCAUGAUAAGAUUGAUACUGGGAUUGAAAAUACUUUUAGGCAUAUACACGACAAGACGUAUAGAAAACGUGAUAUGAGGAAAUGCUUUAAUCAAAGAGAAGUCACACGACGUAGGGAUAGAGUGACAGGGUUACACAGUGUCGAUUACGAGAUAGACAAGACUUACAAUGUUACUAUAGACUCUUUGCCUAUAACAGUCGUGAAUGUUCGACUGAUAUGCAAUAAAAUAUUAACACCAUGGUGUCAGUGUAAUGAGCCGGAUAAAACGAAGAAAAGCUAAAGUACCCUUUUUAUUAUAAUAUUUUAAUAACUCAUGGAUUUCGAAAAUGUGCAUUAAAGGUCGUCACAUAAUAGUCACAUAUGUCAGUCCUAAAAUGCCGCCUUUUAUUUCAUAUAUUUUACACAGAUAUUCAAAAUAUAUAUAAAGUAGACAUAAUUGUGUUUGGAAACAUUUUUUCACAUAAUCUCAGUAGCGCUAUCUGCUGUCCGAUAGUCACAAUAUCAAACAAAUCAUUUAUACUCUGAGAAGCGUUUUAGCGUGUCCAAGACAUUGAAAGUACAGUACAGAUAAAGUACUGGUGAGAAUAUGGUGUUCUCUGUCUAGUCUAUAUAUUUCUUAAAUGUAUGAUUUUACAUGACGACGUAUACGGUUGAUGCCGCACAUUGGGCUGUAUCAAGUUGCUCCAUAGACAACUUUAUCUGAUGUUUGAAAUGUCUCUUUUUUUUGCUUGAAUGUGCAUUGUAUCAGUAAAUGCAUACCUUAUAACGUAAUAUUUAUCUUGUAUCGAUGUUUUUGGCGCAAUUAGAACGUUUUCUCUGAAA